GAUAUAUGAAAAAAAGACAUUUUAGCUAUGAUUGCCGGAAAUUAAAAUCAAAAUAUUGAUUGAGAUAUUUCUAAAGCUUCGAUAAACUUGUUUAAGACUGAAGAAAAAUUAACAAUAGAAUCAUAUUUUAUUUGAAUGAAAUCUUUCGAUUUUGAAAUUUUGAAAGCUAUUUAGGUUUGUUCAAUUAAUGGGGAUAUUGAAUUAAUACAACAACACUACAUUGGAAAAUAUCAAACAAAUAAGUUGAAACACCAAUGUCGUAUAUAGCGCUGAUAAAGAAAAAGAGUAAAUCAAUACUCUUAAAAUUUACUAUAUGCUCUAGGAAAAAAUAAUCAAUAGAAAGUAUAAGGUCGAGUUCCGUAGCCGNAAAAGAUAUUGAGCAUUUUACCAUAGAUGCUUUUUCUACUUGUAUAUUAAGCAAGUAGAUCUCUGGACUAAUAAUUUCUUCAUAUUUCCGUGCUAAAUUGUGAUACUAAAACGGUACAUGACUUACUGUGAUUCUCCAGAACCAAUUUUGAAAGUCAUGGGCAGAUGAAAUUUCAAUAAAAAACGCAUCCAGAUGCGGCAGACGUUCUAUUAAAACUGCGUGAAAACGCGUUUCAAGGAAAAUCACACGCAACUGCGCUUCUUUAAUUAUUUUCUAACCGCAUCUGCACGCGAUUUACUUAUAACCGCGUCUGACCGGACUUCUAGGUUUUAUGUAACUGUACGAAUGUAUGCGUUUUCAUAUAAAAUCGCAUCUAGACGCGAUUGGAAAUAAUUUUCAGUUGCAUUUGCAUGCGUUUUCAAAUAAAAUCACAUCGAGUCGCGAGUUGAAUCCAUUUAUUACCGCGUCUAUAUGCGUUUUCAUAUAAAAUCCCAUCUAGACGCGAUUUGAAAUUAUUUUAACCGCAUCCGUAUGCGUUUCCAUACAAAAUCGCGUCUACACGCGUUUGGUACUCAUUUUUAGCCGCGUUCACAUGCGGUUUAUAAGAAAAUCGCGCUGCGACGUACGUAUUUUGCGUUUCGUGUUUACAUGGGACGUAUUCUAUUGAGUUAAGAUAUGCUUAAAAAUACCGUUUCUAAAUCAAGUAUAAGCACAAUAUCUGCAAAAAAGAACGUCUCUCUACAAUUUUUUUGGAAAAAAGUAUCGCUCUACCUAGCGAGCAUAACGAUUUUUCUUUUCGUAUAGUCUGAAAAUCGCUACCUCUACAACAGCAGAAUAUGGCGUAGUAUACGUGUCACUCUACACAAAAAUACAUAAGUGUCUGCCAAACUAUAUGAACGUUAGACAGUGAAUGAAUAAUGUAUAAAACUUAAACCAAUAACAUAUUACAAUAGAACGGUGAACAAACUUUGAUAUUUGUAUUUAUUCCUUCUUAAUUUCUUACAGUCAAAUUAUUCUCUUUUAUGGUGCAUGCUAAAAAAAUGAGGUUUCUUUUUGCAAUAUAUCUUUCAUGAGUUACCUAUAAUAUGACAUAAAGGACUGAAGUUGUUGUAUGAAAAUGAGACACUUACGAGCUACUACUCUGUAAAAAAAAAUUGUCCAAAUCGGCUGAAGAGAAAAAAGGUUAUUCAAAAAAAUACAGGUAAAAUUCAAUCGUACCAAAAAGUUACAAUUCACUCAUAUACAGUAUAUCUCUGUUAUACAAAAAAUAAGAAACGAAAUGUUCAAAAAUAAUACACUAAUGGUAAAGAUAGAUUCAUAUAAGUAAAAUGCUAUCGCAUGACUGAAUUUCAAUGAUUAUAAUAUCAAUGAAAAAGAGAAUUUCAUAUACUUGAGGAAACAACAAGUUAUUAUUUAUAAUUAUUAGAAAAUUAACUGGUUUUUGAGAUUGAAUAUGUAUAUUGUUGAUCAGUUUUUUUCUGCGUUGAUAUUACCGAAACUAGUAAAAAAAAUAAAAAAUGACAAAUGAUUUGAUCCCUGUGAAUACCUGAGGGUGUGAGUGUGGGUGUGGGUGGAAGAAGAUAUACACCCACACACCGUUAUUACAAAGACAAUUCUUGGUUUAGCACAAACAAUGAUAGUGAAGUCAUUAGCAAUUAUUCACAUGGCUAUGCUUUAGAGGUGAAAUUCAUUCUAUCUUUUCUAUCUAGACUGGUUUGCGGUAUUUAUCAACAAAAAAUUAAUUAUCAAUCUGCCUCGUAGUAGUAAAGUGCGCAUCAAAUAUAAUUCUUUCUUGUAUGAUUCAAGUUAUCUUUCGUUCCGUUGAAGGAAUGCUUAGAUUUUGGUUUAUUCAGUUCUACGACAUGCAACAUAUUUGAUUCAAAAUCGACGUGAGGAAGUAGCUAUAACAUACUAAUAUGUUAAGCAAAUGUUAGAUAGUUGAUUAUAGUUGUCUACAAUGUGAAUAGUGGACGUUCAGAUGGUGGAGAAGAAAAUACGCAUUAAAAGACUUAAAUAUACAACAUACUAUUUACUUUCAGUUUGGCAUUAUAGAUGAUACACGACUUUGAUUCUUAUUCCGUAUCUUUCCAAACAGUUAUUUUGAGAAUUUAUUCUAGUGAAACGUCAGUUAUUCAAACAUUACAAUCUUAUCAUCCAAUAAUUCAUGUACAGAAACAUACGAAAUUUUUUAUUGGAUCAUUUAGUUUAAUAAAUCCAUUGACUAUCUUAAUCCACGACCUGAAUAUAUCCGUGUCAUUAUUAUUGAAUGGUCAACAAAAUCUUCAAUUCCAGUAGCACACAUUGUUUCAGGAGAUAUUCAAUGUAGUUUACGUUUAUUCGGUGCUCGACGUUGUCAAGAUGGUUAUGAUCAACAAGUUGAUCGUUUAAUUUUAUCAUUUUCGAAAGAAAUUUAA